CUCAGUCAUAAACACAAGGCUGUUAGGCGCGCACCGCGAGACAAAAUGAGUUUCAACAACAAAGUGGUGAUAGUCACCGGGUCCAGCUCCGGCAUCGGAGCAGCUGCGGCAAUCGCGUUCGCUAAAGAGGGCGCCAAUGUUGUUAUAGUGGGACGCAAUGAAGAGAAAAUGAAAAAUGUAAGCAACAAGUGUGAAAGUUUUGGCAAGAAACCACUGGUCGUUAAAGCGGACGUAUCAAAUGACGCUGACGCUAAAAGAAUUGUAAAUGAAACUUUAAAUAAAUUUGGAAAAUUAGACAUUCUAGUCAACAAUGCAGGUAUAGCGGAACAAAGUGAGUUGACAAGUGACGACUUUAUGAAAAGUUUCGAUCGCGUAAUGAACAUAAACUUACGCGCCGCGGUGUACAUAACGCAUUUAGCGACACCGCAUCUGAUCAAAACAAAGGGAAAUAUUAUCAACAUAUCGAGCAUAGCUGGAACAGUUAAUUCCGGGUCCUCUACCCUUAUUGCAUACUGCACCUCUAAGGCUGGACUCAAUCAUUUCUCUCGAGGCAUCGCACUGAAAUUAGCAGAGCAUGGAGUCCGGGUGAACAUCAUUAGCCCGGGACCGGUGCGCACUGACAUUUUAGACAAUCUAUCCAUUCCAAAUUUAAAUUGGGAUUCCUUCAAAGAGACCACGCCUCUCAAGAGAUACAGUGAGCCUGAGGAAAUUGCUGAUUUGAUCUUGUUCUUGGCCAGCGACAAGGCGAAGGGUAUCACUGGUUCUGAAUUUGUUUCAGAUAAUGGUAUUUUAAUCAAAAAUUAAGGGAUCAUUUAAAUCAUGGCCAAAUGAUAAGCAUUUUGAUUAUAUCUUAAAAAAAUACAAUAAAUGACUAGCCGUGA